AUGGCGUUCCGCCUCUCCCGCCUCCGCAAGGUCCACCAAGCCCUCUCCAUCUUCUCCGUCGCCCCCCACUCCCAAAACCCUAACCCUAACCCUAACCCUUUCAAUCCCCUCCCCAUCUCCCUGACCCACUCCAAAACCCUAGAAACCCUACUCUUCUCCUCCAGUAACCCUAGAAUCGCCUCGCCGCCACAUCGCCGGAUCUUGGACGGGUUCGUAUCCAACAUCUUGAUCGCUUCCAUCUCCAGCUCGUCGCGAUCUGCGAAGGAGGAGGUUGACAAAGAGAGAUCGGGGGAUUCGAAGGAUUUCAGUUCGAGCUCUUGGAUCGAUCUUCAUGCUCCGUCAAUUCUCUCUCUCUCAACCUUCCACCAUCGAACGAGCUCGCCUAUCUCUCCACCAUUACUUUCUGCUUCAUCUUUGGUUAUGAUGUUCCCAAAGUGCAUUCACGCUCUUAUGAACCAAACCAGGAGAUGGGCUUUCCCUGAGAACAAAUUUGAUCAGGCACCAAGGGUCAAGAAGAACGAGGCAGUGGACCCUGCACCCAAUGCUGCCACUGCUAUCCCGCCUCAUAUAGCUCAGAACCAAGUGAAAGAGGGACAAGAUUGUUUUAUAUGCAAAAGAAGAGGCCAUAUUGCAAAAAACUGCCCAGAGAAGAACAAACAUAUUUCUCAGGAUUGCGUUAUCUGCUUACGGUGUGGAGAUUUAGGACAUGAGAUGCUAUCAUGCAAAAAUGACUAUGCACCUGAGGAUCUGAAGGAAAUACAAUGUUAUGUUUGCAAGAAUUUCGGUCAUCUUUGUUGCGUGGACUUUGUUGAUAACAGUCCAAGAGAAGUCUCCUGUUAUAAUUGUUCCCAAACUGGGCAUACCGGUCUUGGAUGUGCCAAGCGACGUGGAGAAAUGACUGAUGUUUCUACAUCCUCAACUGUAUGCUUCAAAUGCGGUGAAGAAGGGCAUUUUGCACGGGGCUGCACAAACAAUUUGAAGCAAAAGCUUUGGAAUUAUUUCUGCAAGAUCUUUGUGAUAGGACUUACGAAGUUACUCUCCAGAGGGGGGCCAAGACAGUAAACUGCAUGCACCU